AUUGAAGUGUUAGGUUAGCUUCGCUUUGUUUUGUUCGUUUGAAUUAAACUUUAAGCUUAUAAUAUAAAUAUAACAUUCAACUGUAAAAUUAAAUUCAGUUUGAUGUAUGUUGUGUGAAUAGAUUUAAAUAUUUUUGUUAAAUAAAUAAUGUUAUAAUUAAUUUUAGUUACUAGCAAGUAGGCUUAUCACAUACAUAACUACACAGCUUUCUCACGAUAUUUUAUGUUGUAUGCUCUAGUUUAAAAUGCAUCAACAAAUUGGAAUGAUGAAUUCUAAUUUCUUCUACAGAUUUUCAGCGUUAUUUACAGGAUACCAAAAAUGUGGUAUUCACAAACAGUCUGUUUAUGAGAAGUUGAACAUAUCACCUAAGCCUAAAAAGCCAAUGACUCCUUAUCUUCAGUUUCUUUCACAAAUUCGACCAACUAUAGUUAAAGAGUUUCCAGGAGUGAAAAACCAAGAGUUGGUUAAAAUAGCUGCUAAACGUUGGAAUUCAAUCGAUUCUACUGUAAAAAACAGACUAACCGAACAGUACCAAGAAGCAAACACACAAUACAAUAGGAUGAAAGAAGAUUAUGAGAAACACCUAACACCAGAUCAAAAAGAUGCCAUACAUAGAGCCGAACAGUUUGAAAGGGAUUUGAAAAAAGAAAGGAAAACAAAAAAAAAAUCCCAAGAACUUGGAAAACCCAAACGACCAGUCUCAGCCUUUUUUAAAUAUCUUGAAAGUAGAAGUAAUGAAAAAGAGAAACAAAAAUACCCCCAUGUCACGGACUGGGUGAAAGCAGCAGCUGAAGACUGGAAAAACACUAGCCCUGAAGUGAAAGCAAAAUUUGAAAAUGAAAGGAAAAAAGAACAUGAGAGUUGGCAACAACAAUUGAAUGAGUGGGAACAAAAAAUGAUCAAGGAAGGAAAUAUUGACGUUGUUCGCACCAGUUCUCUAGUCAAAACUCUAAAAGUCAAAGCUAAAAAAUAGGAUGAGGCGUGCCCUGGUUCCAACGUUUUUACGUCAGUAGGUGAAGAGAGCCAGGGCACAGACACGUGCCAAAGAAACUCUCUGAAACAUUUACCCUACUCGGAAAGUGCCAACGAAUCACAAAACCUGCCAACACAACAACAAAAAAAAUGGAUAGUAAGAAUUUCAAGAAGAAAAAUAAACUCUAUUGUUGAAUUAGGCAACCGGCAAGUUAAUUUAGAAAAGUUAGCGUUAGUGUCACCAACCAAAAAUGUCAGCAAAGAGUGUAAAAACUUAAAAGUAGCAAAGGAAAAUGAACAAUCUAAAGUUUACAUAAAGACUGACAAUACAUCAGACAAUGAUGUAAACUCUAGUACACUGUUCAAACAAGGGAGCUGCCCAGAAGACAAACAGUUAGAAGAGUUUGCUCAAAGAAUUGAGAAGAACAUUUUGGAAUCAAAAAAUGGUGAUGAUGAAACCAAGCAUUGGCCUUGGUGGGAAAAAAUACUUGGUAUCUUUAUUACUUGGUACUUGGUUCUUAGUAAAAUUAAGAAGUAAUAAAUUAUGAUUUGUUUGCUAUUUUCCAUAAAUAGGUUUGUGUGUUUAAAACAAUAAGUCAACUUCAACUAUAAUCUUUUUUCACAAACUAAGAUACUUGAUUUGUACACCUUAAUAAAGUGUACAACAGUACUAAGAAUUUUACUUUAACCUUUGACUAUUAAUACAACAACCAAAUCAUUUUGACUAAGCUAACUGAAAAAUUAUUAAUGUAUGUGUAAUGUAUAUACCCCUGCUAGGCAAUUUUUAUUUGCCUAAGUGGAUUUUUACUGAAAUAUUUCCUUCACAGCAAAUCUAUUCACCAUAUUUAAAUAACAUAAAAUUGAUAAACACUUAUGUUUGCUGCCACAGGGAAUGAUUUAUUAAUUAAUGUAUUGUAUAUAUGUUGUAAGUGAAAUGUUAAUAGCCUAGCAUGAAAUAAACAAAUUUUCAAAUUAUAUCAUAUUUGUCGAAAUAUAU